GCAGGAGGACAAGGGGACUCCGGGUGCGGCCCUAAGGCCCGGGAGGAUCUGCGGGAGGCGGCAGGACCCAGGGCCUUGAAGGCCGGGCCACGGGAUCAGCCUCGCCCCAUCGGCGAAAGGAGCCCCAGGAGGGAGGCCUCGGCCCGGCCGGUCACCCGGUCGCCUUGCAGGAAGGGUCCCGGGCAGCGCCGAGCCGAUGCAGGCGGCCCCCCGCCCUAGCGGACGGGAAACGCCCCGCCGUUGGAGGCGGAAGGAACGGCCUGCGGGCUGCGGCACUCCCAGCGUUCGCAGGGGCGGGAGGAGCCGGAAACGCCGGGUGCGAGGCCGGUGGGCCCAGCUCUCCCGAGGCAGGUGAUUGGUCGGCCCCGGUGACGGCGGGGGCGCGCGCGACGGUCCCCUCGGUCUGGGGAAGAUGGAAGAGUUGAGUCGAGCCCUGGCUAGUAGCUUUUCUGUGUCUCAAGAUCUGAACAGCACAGCGGCCCCACACCCCCGCCUGUCCCAGUACAAGUCCAAGUACAGUUCCUUGGAGCAGAGUGAGCGCCGCCAGCGGUUACUGGAACUGCAGAAAUCCAAGCGGCUAGAUUACGUGAACCAUGCCAGAAGACUGGCUGAAGAUGACUGGACAGGGAUGGAGAGUGAGGAGGAAGAUAAGAAAGAUGACGAAGAAAUGGACAUUGACACUGUCAAGAAGUUACCAAAACGCUAUGCUAAUCAAUUGAUGCUUUCUGAGUGGUUAAUUGAUGUGCCUUCAGAUUUGGGGCAGGAAUGGAUUGUGGUCGUGUGCCCUGUUGGAAAAAGAGCCCUUAUCAUAGCCUCCAGGGGUUCUACCAGUGCCUACACCAAGAGUGGCUACUGUGUCAACAGGUUUCCCUCCCUUCUGCCAGGAGGCAACAGGCGAAACUCAACAGCAAAAGACUACACCAUUCUAGAUUGCAUUUACAGUGAGGUAAACCAAACCUACUACAUACUGGAUGUUAUGUGCUGGCGGGGACACCCAUUUUAUGAUUGCCAGACUGAUUUCCGAUUCUACUGGAUACAUUCAAAGUUACCAGAAGAAGAAGGACUGAGAGAGAAAACCAAGCUCAAUCCGUUUAAAUUUGUGGGGCUAAAGAAUUUUCCUUGUACUCCUGAAAGCCUGCGUGAUGUGCUAUCUAUGGAUUUCCCUUUUGAGGUAGAUGGACUUCUCUUCUACCACAAGCAGACCCACUACAGCCCCGGAAGUACUCCCUUGGUGGGCUGGCUACGCCCCUACAUGGUGUCAGAUGUCCUCGGUGUAGCUGUACCAGCUGGCCCGCUGACCACCAAGCCAGAAUAUGCUGGACACCAGCUCCAGCAGAUUAUGGAGCACAAGAAGAGCCAGAAGGAGAAACUUACACACAAGGCCUCCGAGAGUGGGCACUAUGAGUUGGAGCACCUGUCUACCCCCAAACUGAAGACUUCUCCCCACAGCCCAGACCAACCUGGAAACGUCAUGGAGAAUUAAAGUGGGAAGCCUCCUUAAGAAGCUACAGGAUGGUACCUGGCCCCAGAGGGAGUACUGGGGAGGAGGACAGUAAUAACAGGUGACUUCAUUCUUUAGAGCGAACCUGGCCAGAAAGAGUUUAUCUAUAAUCUGAAAUGCUGGCUCAAACAGUUGUGUGGAGGCUCCCAGAUUGGGUAGCAUUCAGGCUGAUUUGAGCAGCUCCCACUGUGAUAAGUGUAUACUAGAUCCGCAAUGUAAAUAUAUGUGAUUCGUAAGAAA